AAUAAUCGGAAGAAAUACUGAUUCUUAUUUCGGUAUCGGUACAUUCGAUGUUCGUUCUCUUAUACAGGCAUCAACAGGAAGCUGUCAAUGAUAGAGCAUUACACUAUUAAAAUACCUUCCAUGAGGAAUAAGUUACUUGAAAAAUAACUAUGAGAUAUUUCCCAAAUUUUUCAACAAUUUCCUUGCGGCUGCUGCAUUUCCCCGAAUAAUCCUCCUGGCUGGCGCGCCACGCUGCGUGGGGUCUGCAUUUUGUUGGCUCCUCAGCGCCAACCGGCCCGUUUACCAGUGACGUCUACUUGACUUUUUAAAAGCAGGAUUCUUGCUCACAAUUCCCUCUUCUUCACUAUCGUGACAAGAAAUUUGAACUUGAAGAGAGUCGCUACCUCCAAAUUUUAUAACCAGCAAAGAAGAUAGAUUUACCCACCCAACACCAACUUGCUCUCUUCUCUCUUACUGCAAACUUGGCUACCCCGCCCCCGCUGUCAAGAUGCCCGACAAGAUCCUCGAUGACAUUUCACACCGCAGAUACAAUCCCCUGACGGAUAGCUGGCUGCUGGUGUCUCCUCACAGAACGAAGCGCCCUUGGCAAGGUCAACAGGAGGCUGCGGCUGCCAAUGUACUCCCUGACUAUGAUCCCAAGUGUUAUCUCUGCCCGGGAAACACACGCGCGGCUGGCGACACAAAUCCCAAAUACGAAAAGACCUUCUCAUUCGUCAACGACUACAGUGCAGUAAAAGAGGAGCAGCCUGCAUAUGAAGAGAGCGCUUCUGAUGAUCUAGAAUCGCUUUUGCUCCGCGCAAAAGGCGUCACCGGCGUCUGCUAUGUCAUCACCUUCUCCCCCAAACACAACGUCACCUUUGCCGACAUGUCUGCCCAAGACACUCUGCCCACAGUCGAGCACUGGACUCAAAUUUAUGCCAACCACCUGGCCAAAUCGAAUCCGCUAAAGGCGCUUUCUGACAAUCUGAAGCUCUCCAUCACCAAAGACGACGCCCCGUUCCCCAAGGACGAAUACCGCUACAUGCAAAUCUUUGAAAACAAAGGUGCGGCCAUGGGCUGCUCAAACCCUCAUCCCCAUUGCCAAGUUUGGACGACAUCUAUCAUGCCCGAAGAACCCGCCAAAGAGCUCGCUAGCAUGACCAAGUACUUUAACAAGCACGGCCGCCACUUAUUAGCGGAUUACGUCAAGCUCGAGCUCCAAAAAGAAGAGCGUAUUGUCUGGCAAAGCGAGCACUUUCUGGUCGUCUGCCCCUGGUGGGCUGUCUGGCCAUUUGAAGUGCUUGUCCUCCCUCAGCGCCACGUCCGCGCUCUGGUCGACUUUACCGACGAAGAGCGCCUUGGCUUUGCAGAGGCCAUUCAGGAGGUCACUCGCCGCUACGAUAACCUCUUUGAAUGCAACUUCCCGUACAGCUCUGGCAUCCACCAGGCACCGCUGAGCGGUACGCAAGAGGAGAUUGAUAACUCGUACCUGCACAUGCACUUUUACCCGCCGUUGCUGCGCUCUGCCACGGUCCGAAAGUUCCUUGUUGGCUUUGAGCUGAUGGCUGAGCCUCAGAGAGACAUCACCCCUGAACAGGCCGCAGCGAGACUGCGUGACUGUGGCGGCGAGCUCUACCGCAACAAUCUUUAAGCGUAGCUGUACUUUGAUAUCCCCGAAAACAAUAUGUAGUAGAAGCAUGGCGAGAGGUCUGGCGAGUUGAAAUUAGAUUUGAAUUUACAUGAUAUUACAUAAACUAUAAGCAAAGGCCACGCAUUUCCGCGCACCGCUCUAUUCAAACUGGACGUAGUGCUCGCGAACCAUGGGCAUCCAGAUAAGAGCCAUGGUGGCCAGAGUGAAUGGGAAGAGCUGGGGAACGCCGAAGCUCAUGCUCUUGAAAACAAAGAGCUCGCUGGCAAAGUGGCCAAGCGCGACAACGUAGGUCCAAAUGGCCAUGUUGUAGACGGGGCCGAAGUGGAGGUUGUAGGCGGCGUAGCAGCGGAUAAUGCUGGUGAUGAUGGUCCAUGUGCCAAAGAGGCGGCCGGCAAGGGGGGUCAUUUGGUCGACGGCCUUGGGGUCCUUCUGGUUGGCGGCGGGAAUCAGCUUAUCGGUGCGGUCUUCCGGGUUGUGAUCGGCCGAGGCGGGAGCGAUACGGGGGUUAGGCAGGAAGCGGCCAUUGUAGACUCGUCGCGAGAAGUGGAGGGUCGUGUAGGUCUGGAUAGAGUUGCCGAUGGAGAUGACGGAGAGCUGUGGUUUCUGUUAGCGCGAGGAUGCCUAUGCAUGCAAUGGGUUGAUUGGGGCGCAC